AUGAAUCUCCUUUUUGUAUUUAUGGUCAUUCGCACGACAUCUACACUCCGAACCGAGUUGCCACGAAACCAAAGGUUUUGUUUAUUCACAAAUUCCAUAUUUGGUGAAAAGUCACAUUCAUCUCCUUUAAACGUCGAAAUCGACAUCAGCGUCCGAAGUAUGGGUCCUAUAUCCGAGCAGAAUAUGGAAUUUUCACUCGACUGCUACUUUCGACAGAAAUGGCUAGAUCGACGUUUAGCGUUCACGCCAAUCAAUCCAGACAAGCCCGUAAUGCCACUUGCAAGCAAGAUGUUGAAGGACAUUUGGGUACCCGAUACUUACAUCCGAAAUGGCCGCAAAUCUUAUCUGCAUACUCUUACGGUUCCGAAUAUUCUGUUCAGAGUACGGUCUGAUGGUCAAGUUCAUGUAUCGCAAAGGCUGACGAUACGCUCUAAAUGUCAUAUGUUCCUGAGAAAGUUUCCUAUGGAUGUGCAGGCUUGCCCAAUAGAAAUUGGUUCUCUCGGAUACUUUGCUGACGAUGUCGUCUACAACUGGAAAGAUGUGGAUCUGGAUGCAAAAAUGGGCAACAUGCUAUCACAAUAUAAAAUUCUAAAUCAUUUCAAAUCCGAGCACAACUUCUCUGACUAUCGAUUUCCAGAUAGAAACAUAUCCGUUCUGAAGGUAUACUUCAAGCUUCAGCGUCAGCAAGGUUAUUAUGUGUUGCAAAUUUACACUCCUUGCACAUUGCUUGUUGUAAUGUCUUGGGUCUCAUUCUGGAUUAAUAAAGAAGCGUCACCAGCACGUGUAGCAUUAGGUAAGUUUCAAGUUGAUUUGUUGCUAAAACUUGAAGAUUUAUUACCAGGAAUCAUGACUGUGCUAUCAAUGUCCACUCUUGGAUUUGGUCUGCGUACCGAUCUGCCCAAAGUGUCUCAUUCAACAGCAUUGGAUAUUUAUAUUCUGUAA